CAUUGACCCAACGCGACAGCCUCAUGGCAAUGAAGAGACGGGAGCAGAUACUCUGUUCCGCGCGCAUUCCGGCAGAUAUCAUGCAUCCAGCGUAUCAUCGUUCUUGAUCUCCGUCUGCUGCACCAAUGUGCGGUAUGGCAUGCGCUCGACCAAACCCUCCGAAAAGCCGCGGUAGCGCUGUAUCACCGCGUUUCGCGCCUCGGCGCUACUACCCAUUGUAGGCGACAGCGGCUGGGGAAGCACCGGAUGCGCGGGGAACGCCGGCUCUCGGCCUCGUCGCAGAUCGUGCUCGUAAUCGUAAUCGGACGCGGGCGGCGUCGGCGCCGCCGCCCGGAGCGAUCCGAGAGAGCUCGACGGUCGUAGUCGCGCACCGCUGGACACCGCGCCAUGGCUGGAUAGGGGGUUGAG